AUGUGUAUUGAGUUGAGGGAAGUUAUACAGUCAUUAACAUUUCUAAAUAACAUUGGAUCUCCAUGGAAUGACAUUAAAUGCGAAAUUAUCCAAGCCAUCUGCACAGCUGAAGAGUACUGUGUGUUCCUAAGCAACAAGGCCAAGAAGAUCAGCCUAUCUCAGUUCAGGCCAAAAACCAACCUUGAACUGAAGGCAAAUGUCAGUGUUGUACCAGAAAACAAAGGACACCUGAAGGAUUAUUUAUUGGAAUUAAAUAAGAAAGUGGAAAGUUCUGAGCUAUUCACUCCUGUGUCUGUGCGUGAGUGUUUACCUGCUGGUACAAGUCGGCAGUAUGCUUACUUGAUGAUAGAAGAAUUGAAGUCAACUGGGCUUAAAACAAAGUCGGUGCUGUAUACUUAUUAUCCUGGUGGGCCAAAGCAGGCAUUGCAUUUCAUAUGGAAAAUUGAAAAUGGCCUACCUGAAAGUGAGCUGUUAAAUCGGUGUACUGCACUUAUCAAGAAGAUAGAGAAUGACAUGCCAAAGUUUCUAUCCAGACUUCGGAAACGUGAAUUCAAGCAUAUGUUUGGAUUCUGUGCAAGCCCAGUAGCAUUACGUGCUAUGUUCCGUAACCUGACAAGUGAUUGUUCUGCUACAUCAGAUAUAGACAAAAGGUUUGAUUAUGCAGUUAGGGCUGAAGAUGCAGGAAUUAUUGUAGAUCUGAGAAAUGUCAGUCCAGAAAGAAAGAAGGACACAUUUGCACAGUUUUUUCAAGAAACCGAGCGGUAUUUGUCUGAAGAUGUAGGUGUUACUGUUAAUGACCGAAGACAUGGAGAGCAACUUUAUCUUGCAAAGGCCCUGAGUUUUACCGAUCUACACAAGCGUGUUGCCGAAAGGCUACCUGAAGGGACACCAACACCUUCAGUAAAGUGGUUACGCUAUCAAUUUCAACCUCUAAAUCCAAAUGCAGUGACAGCCAAGUACUUUAAAGGCACUCUAAACAUUAAGAUGAUGGUUCAAAAACGCCAGGUACGAGUCAAUCAUGUGGACUCCCACUAUUGUGCAGCAAUGUGGCGUUACAUGAGAGAGUUUGCAGUGAUGCACCGUGAUGUGGUGGAACUGGUUUCUAUGGACGAUAAACACAAGAUUAAAGUGGGUGAGCCCAACUAUCCUCUAGCUGCUGCCCAAAGAGGUAAACAAGUUUUGGUUGGAGUAAACCAAACAAUGGCAGUGGGAGAUCACGAUUUUAGCAAGAGUACACUCACUCCUUCUGUGAAUCUGAUUAUUGAUAUUCCUGAAACUAUCAAUGGCAGUUUUUACAGGGGAAAUGUAUAUGUUGCAUUUAAAGAUGCCGUGUUUGAACCAUCUUCGCCUCUGCGUCAUUCAUCUGAACUUCUGCAAAUUUUACAAGAAAGAGGGGAGUCAAAACCAGUGUUACUUCUUUAUACUGAUGGUGGCCCUGACCACCGGUCAACCUACAUGUCUGUAAAGUUGGCACUAAUUGCUUUGUUUAAAGCACUCGAUUUGGACAUGCUUAUAGCCCUCAGAACAGCCCCAAGCAAUUCAUGGGCAAACCCUGUUGAGCGAGUGAUGAGUAUUAUAAAUAUUGGCCUGCAAGGUGUUGGUGUUAUGCGUGAGAAGAUGAGUCCUGAAUUUGAAAGGGCUGCAGCGAAGGCGAAUAGUGUCAAGGAAAUGCGUAAACAGAUUACUGACAACCUAAAGGAGGAAUUUCACUUGUCUCUAAGGCAGCCAAUUGACCUGUUGAAGGGUCAAAUGUUAAGAUUAGGACUUAAAGAAAAGCCUUUACAGACAUUCGAGCCUUCUACAGAGGAUAACAUCAAUGAACUCUGGCAGCACUGCCUGGCAAUUCAGAAGGAAUUACAGAGAGGACAUACAACUCAAAAAGAUGUGAAAGACCUAUCUCAGCUCCAGAAAUAUCUAAAGCAUUGUUGCAUCCAGAGCCAUUAUGGUUUUCAAAUUAAAAAGUGUGGUAAUAAUCAGUGCGAGAUGUGUGGAGCUUUGAAGGAUGAAAGAACAAGAAAUAUCAAGACAUUACCAUUCCCAGUCUUAUCAGAAGACAAAGAGCAUUAUAAAAAAUUUGAACAGGUGUAUGGUACUAAAACCACUGAAGCACGGCCCAGUUUAAAAGUGAGAACCCCAAAGGAAAAAAAGAAGCUUCCAUUCUCCCCAUCUGUACAGCAUGCUAGAAACACUGACACAAUGGUGCAAUGUGAAGAGUGUGAGAAAUGGAGAUUAGUUUUUUCAAGAAAAAAGUUAAAAAGGCAGCAAAAAGAAAAGCUUGACCAGCUAUUAGAUGACAUCUCUUACACAUGCGGGUUUACGUUUGAUGAUGUAAUUUUACCAUCAGGGCUUGAUGUCUAUAUUAAAGAUGUGGACUGUGCUGACCACAUUGAACGACUGUAUUACAGCUGUGGUUAUGAACCAAUAUGUAUUUUUUGUGGAGAGUAUGUGGCUACAGGUGAAGAAAAUGAGGAGGCAUACCCCCAGUGCCAGGAAUGUGAUCAUGAGCCUAUCAGCAAGAGAGUAUAGCUUUAACUAUUGCAACAUUUUGUUUUUGUUAAUAAAACUUUUAUACAUGUGAUUUGUGGCAUGUUUUUCAUUGAGUAUGGAACUUGGUAUUUAGACCAUAACCCAUAUUUUACUAGUAAACCAGUAUUCUGCAAAAUAAUGAAUAAUGAAUAAUGAAAAAAAUCCUCAUCAUUUUCAAAAUGUCUGUUUACGGUAA